AGUGCAAGUCAAUCUUUUUUCUACAUUUUUUGGACAAGGGAAAAAAAAAGACUAGACUUUGAGUUUGACUAAGAUACUACGAAUACGAUACAUGUCUACAUUCGUUUUGGGUAAUUACGGAAAAGACCUUUGUCUACCUACAAAAAAUCUUCGAAGUGGGUAUUUCUGUCGAACAGUUGGUGUGCAUAACCACUGAAACACCGAUGAGAGGCGUCACACCCAUAAACCCUCAGAAGAAGAUAGAAGCUGAUUCGAAUCCCGUCAAAGAAUCAGAUUACUAUGAAGGCGAACGUCUUACUCAUCUACUCGACUUGAUUCAGAGAGGAAUUGAGACGUUCAAGCUUUCGAAUGUGAACUCAUUGCCUGAGAAGAUAUGGCUCAAGAAACAAAUCGCGAUUGGGAUCAACGAAGUCACUCGUGUUCUUGAGAGGAUGAAAUCCAACACUACUGACCAACAACAAAACCCUAGACCACCUCCGGUUCAACUUCAGGUAGUGAUUGUAGUAGCAGAUUGUAAACCGAGGACGCUAACGAAGCAUAUACCCAACUUAGCGGCUUCAAGGAAUGUUCCGGUUCUCUAUAUACGAGACAACAAACGAGCCUCUCUCAGAUUAGGAGAGCUGGUUAAGCUCAAGACGGCACUAGCCAUUGGUGUCAAGGCUAGAGGAAACGAUCUCAACCUAAUACUCCAACAGAUUCUUACAAGAGAUUCUUGAUGCUGUAAGAGAAGGGAGUUUUCUUUGAUCUUGUUUUGAUGUGAUCCUUUCUCAGUGUAGUAAUAUAUACAGAUAAAUGACAUUGACAACAAUUUUAGCGAUCUCGCCUAUUUUCGAUGUAUC